AUGCCUUCGCAGCAAGCUCAAAUCUCGGACCUACCAUCCAUAACCACAUACCUAACAGGCCACAACUCCUCCGGCAAGGCCAUAGUCGAAGCAAACCGUCCCGCGAACUGGACAGUCUACGACAACAAAGAGAUGGCCUUUAAUGUCGCUUACACAACCUCUCAAUUUCCGCCCAAUCUAAACGACAACACCGAUAUCAAAACUUACGAUAAAGUCCUCUCAUCUGGAAAAUUAGGUCUUGUGAAUCCUAAUGGUACUGUCUGUCGUACCGUAGACUUUGCCCCAGGCUUCGAGUGUAUGAUGCACAGAACCCAAAGCUUGGAUUAUGGUAUCGUGAUUCAGGGGGACAUUGAAUUGGUCUUGGAUUCAGGGGAGAGACAGAAGAUGGGGCCUGGUGAUAUCGCUGUGCAGAGAGCGACUAUGCAUAGUUGGAAGAAUCCGAGUACGGACAAGUGGGCGAGAAUGACGUUUGUCCUGCAGGAUUGCGAAAUGUUGCUUGUGGGUGGUGAGGUGAUGAAGGAAGACCACGGUAGGGGGACUGAGGGGCUACCCAUGAGUGGAAAUGAUGCCUGA